CUUCUCUCCUAAAAAAACUCAGAGCUACCAUGGCGAAACUUCUCAUCUCAACACGACCUGCAUCACCCCUCAUCAAAAUACUAUCAUCCACCGUCUCGCCAUCUCUCAUGAAUUAGGGUUAGGAGUUCUACUGUCGCCAUCUCUCAUCAAUAGGGUUCUACUCGUCGCUUAGAGAAGGGUUAGGGGUUCUACUCAGUUUGAGUAGGGUUUCAUUUGUGGGAAGAAGAAGGAGGAAAAGAGGGUUUCAAUCUGCUAAGAUUAGGGUUCCAUUUGUGGAUUCGGGGCUUUUUGGGCUACUUGAUUUGGGGGUUUCUCGGCUACUUGAACUGAUUCAUAGCUCAUCAACACUUCCAGGAACUGCAUUAAAGCCAUUUUGGGGGUUAAGGACUGGUGAGUAUUGCCAUUGUGGAAUUAUAUUGUUAUGUGCUAGCAUAUUGAAUUGUAUCAGAGCCAGUCAAUGAAGGAUAAUGCUGAGAAGAAAAAGAAAAAGAAAGAGACAGUCAAUGAAGACUCAGAGGUACAAUUUAGCUUGGCAUCAAUGGCACCUACAUUACCAGAAUCAUUGAAGAUGCUAUGUCAGUGGGGUGAAGACAAAUUCAGAGACGGGCGUACCAUCAGCUUCCACAUUGAACCUGAUGUCUUUGGAUAUUCUCGCAAGACCUUUCUAAUGGGGUCAGAUGUUCGAUGACUUGCAAGCAUGAGGGAAGUUAGUGGAACUUGCAUUGCUGUGUAUCAAAGGUAUCUCUAUGAGCAGUUGAUUGCUUAUAAAAUGGUAGACAUGGUUGCAUUCAUUGACCCUUCUCUAAUUGGUGCAAGUGGGUCUGGGAAUGGAACUGUUAGGGCCCAACACAUUAGAGAUAGGCUUGUAACUGCAAAACCAGGACAAAUGUUCAUGUUGCCAUAUAACUCGGGUGAUCAUUGGAUGUUGACAAUUGUUGAUCCGGACCAAGGCACUGCCUAUUUUUUGGAUCCUCUGAAAAGACGCUUACCCACCGGAGAUUGGAUGUCUAUAGUGGAAACUGCACUAGGUAUGUAUAAUUCUGAAAGGAAGAGGAAAGGCCGGAAUUCAGUUAUGUGGAAAAAUUUGGCUGGCAUUCCUCCCCAACCUAGCAACAAGGAGUGUGGGUACUUUAUCAUGCGAUACAUGAGGGAUAUUAUUGAGGAUAAAGACCUGUCAUUAUUUCCUGUAAAGUGGGAGAGGAGAGGUAGCAGCCACUAUACCCAAGCAGACAUUGAUCAAAUGCGAAAUGAGUGGGCAAAGUUUGUGGUCAAGGCGUAUGUGUAGGAGAUGAAGGAAAGCAUUUCCCAUGACGUAGGUUGUUGCUGAAGGAAAGCAUCAUUUUGGCGUGCUUCUCUGCUGGUACAAUAUCCAUGCACCAUGUCGCAUGUUUUAGAACAAAUAUUAUGUAUUUGUACCAGCUUUUGAUGUCCCAAGUAGAUGGACAUGCAUUUGAGUGCUUUUCUUCUUUUUAUUUUGGAUGGGAUGAUUGGGAAAUGCUCAAUUUUAACAUUUGAGGUUUAUAAUAUGGGUUGGAUUAUUCAUUUGAUA